ACAGCUCUGGAGAACUUCUGCCCUACAUGCGGAUUAUCUGUGACAUCUUCCCAGAUGUUGGGACAUCAGAACGCUCUGCUCAUCCUUUUUAUUCACACAAAUUUUUUCCGUCUUAUAUUUUGUUUACAACAGUUGAGAAGUUUUCUUUUAUGGCUACGAAAAGGAAAAGUUUGAAUAGCGGGCAAUGGAUAUUUACUUCCACGAUGUGGCAUCUGCACAUUAAAACCUGAUGUAGCAGAAGAAAAUGAGAUUGAAAGGAAUCUAUUUUUAUGUUUCAGACUGAUUAUGCCAGUUAUCUGACUGGAUGGCACGGUUAAGGAGACGUCCAUCGGGAGGAAGGACACCCUAAAUGUCAGACAUCUUAGAGGGCGACAUAAAAUAUGAGAAAAAAGUGACUAAAAGUGAUGGAGCGCUCCGAUCAAGUCGAGCCAACUCUGCCGGUGAACACCACGAACAACAGUUUUAUUACAGAUUCAUCAAUUGUGCAUGUCAGCGCGGAGAGUCUAGCCUCUCGGAUCAGUCUGGCGGUGAUUCUCUCCGUUAUCACACUCGCCACCACUUUAUCUAACGCGUUCGUCAUAGCAACAAUCUCCCAGUCGAAGAAAUUGCAAACUCCCGCGAACUUUCUGAUCGCCUCUCUGGCCAUCACCGACCUGCUGGUGUCUAUUCUGGUGAUGCCCAUUUGCGUGCUGUAUACGGUCAUCCACACCUGGACGCUGGGGCAAAUUGUGUGCGACAUCUGGCUCUCCUCGGACAUAACGUGUUGCACGGCGUCUAUCCUGCACCUGUGCGUAAUCGCUUUGGAUAGGUUCUGGGCCAUCACGGACGCGGUGGAGUACUCCAAAAAGCGCACGCCGGGGCGCGCAGCCGGGAUGGUGGCCACAGCCUGGGUCAUUGCUAUCUCCAUCUCCCUGCCACCUCUCUUCUGGAGGCAGGUGAAGGCGGAUGAGCUGACCAGCUGCAGCGUCAACACGGAUCACAUUUUCUACACCAUCUACUCCACCUUUGGGGCUUUCUACAUCCCCACCUUGCUGCUUAUUGUCCUCUACGGACGGAUAUACGUCGAGGCCCGGAAACGGAUCCUGAAGCAGUCCCCCAAGAAGUUUGGGAAGAGACUCACCUCGGCGCACCUGGUCACCAACUCUCCUGGGUCCGUGGCUUCCACAACCUCUCUGCAGUGCGGGAGACACGACACCCCGUCCAGCGACACCGGGUCUUCAACAAGCGAGAACCAGGUGAAAGUGACGGUGUCAGAUGCGCUUUUGGAGAAAAAGCGCAUUUCAGCAGCCAGAGAGAGAAAAGCGACCAAGACUUUGGGGAUAAUCCUUGGUGCUUACAUAGUUUGCUGGCUGCCGUUUUUCAUUUACACAUUGGUGGUGGCCACAUGUGACACAUGUUUUAACCCCGAGUUAUUUGACUUUUUCACGUGGUUGGGAUAUCUGAACUCUCUCAUCAACCCCAUCAUAUACACUAUGUCCAAUGAGGACUUCAAGAAAGCUUUCCAUAAACUUGUGCGCUUUAGAUGCUGCCGGUUGUAAACGAAUGUUCCUUCAGUCUACAAUAAGAUUGAUAUAUGUAUUUUUUGAUAUGGAGUUCUAAAAAUGUAAAAAAAAAGAGUUUAAAGAUUAAAAAGAAUGUAGAAUAGUAAGAGUGCAAUAAACACUAUAAUUUCUGGGACUCAUAGACCAAUGUAAAAAAAGUAAAACUUGAUUUAAAAUGACAACCUUAAGUAAAUAUAUUAAGUAAAUUGUUCAACAUAAUUCCCAUGUAUUUAAAGCUAAAACCAAGGCAUGUCAAAUGAUAUAAGUAUAUAAAAAGCUUAUUUUAAUUAUAAAACAAGAUUUUAUUUUGAAAGAGUGGCGGAGAAGAAAUCCAACUCUACGCACCUCACAACAUCACUAAAACGUGUCAUAAAAGCUCCUCUUGAAGAGCAAAUGUAAUACAUUGUAGGAUAAAUUCAGUGAUGGGUUGUUAGCGUCUGUGUCGAUUCCUGUUUGGAUGGUAUUUAUUAGUGUGUAUUCCCACGCGACUACUGACACAUUAAUGCGAGUAGCAGCAGAGAUCAUGUUGACAUGAUAAGUCAAGAAUAUAUUUAAAAAAAAUAACCACCCAUGAUCCUGUUUCUCAUUAUGUGUUACAAUAUGGAAGUUUUAUUUUUUAAAACUACAUCAAUAUAUCUAUGUAUUCUGAGAAAUGAUACCAGUGUCAUACAUUUUUAUUGUGGUCACGGGCUGCUCGCUGCCACCCUAUGGUUGUCUUUUGUCAUCUAGAAAGGCACACUCAUGCAGUUGAAAAAAAGAGAACAGACUCAUAUCAGUGUCAAACAAAGAAACUGCAGCUGAUAUUUACCCAGCAGCUGAAAGCUGAUUAUAAGUUCAAUUUUGCUGUACAAACACCACCUCG